AUGGAGACCUUAGAUGAUGUUGAAGCGAUUUGUGUAGUGUAUAGUUUAUAUAAAAGACAACAGUUAAAACAAAAAAUGACCAGGAAGAGAAAAUACUGGGUGCAUCCGUUGAAUAUGAAAAAAAUCAACGAAGACAAUAUAAAACAAUUAAAAAGAGGUGAAAUUGCUUAUAAAGAUGGUCAUGUUUUGAAGUUUCAAGCCGAUCUAGAUUUAAACAUAAUUGUAGGAGAAAUCAAACUAAGUAUGAAGAAUGAUAAAUAUAAGGUAAAUAUGAUGUUAAAUGAUAGUUGUAUAGUUGAGGCAGAAUGUACAUGCCCUAGUGGACAAGUAGUUUGCCGCCAUAUAGCUGCCCUAGCACUUUAUACUUACUAUAAUCUUAGCUCUACAGACAAAUCUUGUUCAUGGAAUUUGAGAAAAAGUAACACAUGUGAUGAAGUAAAAACUAUCAGUCAGAUUUAUGGUGGUUUUGUUAGCCCUUCUACUAUUAUUUCAGAUGAAGAUUUUUCUACUUUCAAACAUACUUUGGAUAAUUUAUCUACCCCAGUUAGUUUUUCUUGGUUAUUAAGACCUGAACCAGAACAUAUAGAAUCAAAUGAAUCUUUAAAAUUUCAAUUAAGUUCUAUAGAAAGUGUAGUAAAUAAAUAUGAUUGUAAACAAUUAGUAAAGACUGGACAUUUUGAAGCAUUGGGUUUAACAAAUGAAAAAUCAGGUAUUAGAGUUUUAGGAAAAGAACAAAAUGUAAAUGUUAUACCAACUGGAUUAUGGUUAGCGAACAAUGGAUUUUUAGGAGCAUCUCCAGAUGGCUUAAUAAAUUCUGAUUAUAUUGUUGAGAUAAAAUGUCCAUGGAAGUUCAGAAAUAAAGCAUUAGAUAUUGAACUUAAAAAUGAUCACAGACAACUAUAUUUAACUAACCGCAAGUUGUGUUACCUUGUCGUUUGGACACCUAAUCAAACAAUGAUUACCGAAGUUGAAAAGGAUCCAGACUGGUUUAUUAAUCUUAAAGUAUUAGAACAAUUCUUUAUUAAGAAUUUCAUACCUUUUCUUAUUGAAAAUUAA